UAAAGCGUGGAGUGGAGCGUGACCACCAUGUCCCAAUUGCGUCCUCUUCAACUACUGCUCCUACCUCAAUAAUUCACAAACGGUGGAGGCGUUUCCCGGCGGCCAAUGACUGCUUGUGGUUCAUCGACCGGGCGUCAGCCCACCUGGAAGGAGAGGGAGAACAACAAGCGAAGAGAGCGCCGGAGGAGAGCCGUCGCCGCCAAGAUCUACACCGGUCUCCGAGCUCAGGGCAAUUACCGGCUCCCCAAGCACUGCGACAACAAUGAAGUGCUCAAGGCUCUCUGCCGUGAAGCUGGUUGGGUUGUCGAGGAGGAUGGAACCACUUAUCGUAAGGGAUGUAAGCCACCACAAGGUGAUACUGUGAUGAUUUCUGCGAAUAACAGUGUAUGCUCAUCAAUGCAACCAAGCCCGAAUUCUUCAGCAUUCCCCAGUCCUAUACCUUCUUAUCAAGCUAGCCCGACAUCUUCAUCCUUUCCAAGUCCCUCACGUGAUGGAAACCCGACCUCCUACAUUUUACCUUUCCUUCACAACUUGUCAAUCCCCUCGGCCCUUCCUCCUCUACGUAUAUCCAAUAGUGCUCCUGUUACACCGCCUCUCUCGUCUCCUACUAGAAACUCAAAGCCUAAGCUUAAUUGGGAAUCUAUACCCAAAGGUCCACUCAAUUCUUUUGUCCCCUCUAUUUUUGCUGCCUCCGCCCCCUCCAGUCCUACUCGUCGUAGGCGUUUUGCACCUGCCCCAAUUCCAGAAUGCGAUGAGUCUGAUAUCUCUGUAGCUGAUUCUGCACGCUGGGUAAGCUUCCAGACGGGUUCAUCCUCAGUUGCUCCUGCUUCACCAACUUAUAAUCUUGUGAAACCUGUGGCUCAGCAAACUUGCCUUCAUGAGGGUCAAAUUGGGUGGGGAGCAGUGGCAAAGAGGGCACGAGGCUCUGAUUUUGAGUUUGAAAAUGGUGCAGUGAAGGCGUGGGAAGGUGAAAUGAUUCAUGAAGUAGGAAUGGAUGAUUUGGAGCUAACACUUGGGAGUGGAAAAGCGCAGGCUUAAUCUCCCAGUGCUCCUAAACAGAUAAGCUACAUGAAAGAAACAAUGUGUCUUCUUGCUUAACUAUCAUAGCCAGAGAUAUGACAUGGUUCUUGGAUAUCUGAAAUCUUUUCGUCUCAACUGCACAAAUCCCGUUUCACAGGCAACAUUCUUGAGUCUAAUAUCGGCUCAGCCCAUGAUAGAAAGAGAAAACUCGAAGCUGUUUAGAUCCGCGUCUUAGACAGUUUCUGGUCCUGGGGCAAGAGGAAAUUUGUUUUAGAUGUCCACAGCACACACACUAAGAAAAUGGAAGAUUGGUAUACUCAUCAAUCAGGUAGAGGGCCUCUGUAGAAAGAAACAUGUGUUUGAAAAAGUUAUUUAUUUUGAUUGCUCAAUGAUUGAUGGGCUUUCUGCUAAUCAUGAGCAUCCACAUCAUGGGGCACGAGUUGAAGGCAGAAGACACAUUAGAAAGAUUUUAAUAGUUCUACAUUCUUGAAUUUGUGCAGCUCAUUGCAUUUCUUCUACAUUCACUCAUGUAAUAUUUCUAGUGUAGUUUUGCAGACAACCAGUAGAUGCUAGGUGGUGUGUUAUCACACACUCACUGCUUUAAAACCUCUGUAAUUGUUUUUAUUUAAUUCAGGUAUAAAAGGUAAUACUAGUAUUUCGCUAAA